AUGCGUUUAUUCGUUGGUUACAAAUCAUCAAAUCAAAGCUUUAAACAAUUAGAAGUAGAAACCGAAAGAGGUGAUGCCGGUUAUCUUCAGAUGGAUUGCGCCCGUGAAUCUUUCGCAUUUGCAACAUAUAAACCAAAAUCAGAAAGGAAAGUUAAAAAGUUUGUUCAUUCGUUAUAUAAUAAUGUUCAAAAAUAUGAUAACUCAGUAUGUGGUAAAUAUAUUGACCCUUCAGAAGUUUUCAAGAAAGCAAAUGAAGAAGUUGAUGUCACUUUUGAUAUGAUUAUUCCGGUAAAUGAUUUGUUAGCAUUUCAGGCGUUCGAUGAUUAUCCUAAAUCAUUUGGUGAUAUCAUUCUUAAAUAUUAUGUUUUCAGGGAUACUUUAGUAUUUUGUCAGGUUGACCCGUUAAGAGUUGCUGAUUUACAAAAUUACGUUUAUGAAAAGAUAACUGAUGAAAAUUAUGAAAAGAUUAUGAAUCAUGUUUAUAAAUAUGAUCGCAAAUUCCAACAAAUCGGACUUCCUGCCAAAUUAAUUACAAGCUUAGCCGCUACAUCUGCUGACGCAACAGUUGAUGACGUUAUUAUUUCAUGCACAAAGAUGGAAGUUUUAGAGGAUAAAUGCAUUACACCAGGAUACGGUUUAAUUGAAGAAUCAGUUAAAGCAAUACCACGUUUAUUCAGUAAGGAAGAUCCAUUCAUGAUUCCAGCUCAACAUAUUGACGUUCGUUCACUAAAUGGAGGUUGCAUCACUCCUGAAGGUAUUAGCUCAGAUUUCUCAUACGCUCUUCAUAAUGUUACAGAUGUUGU